AUGCUGUGGGUGGACAAGUACCGGCCGACGUCGCUGGGGGAGCUGGACUUCCACCCGGAGGUGACCAAGCGGCUGACGAACCUGUCGCAGUCGUCGGACUUGCCACACCUGCUCGUGUACGGGCCGUCGGGCGCCGGCAAGAAGACGCGCAUCAUGGCGCUGCUGCGCGCGCUCUACGGAGACGGCGCGCUCAAGGUGCGGCUGGAGCACAAGGCGUUCAAGGCGCCCCACCGCAGCACGAAAGUCGAGAUCACGACCGUGGCCAGCAACUUCCACAUCGAGAUGAACCCGUCGGACGUGGGCAACAACGACCGCCUCGUGGUGCAGAAGGUGCUCAAGGAGAUCGCCCAGUACCACAUGGCCGACACGAACUCGCAGCGGCCCUUCAAGGUCGUGCUGCUCAUGGAGGUCGACCGCCUCAGCAAGGGAGCGCAGCACGCGCUGCGUCGCACCAUGGAGAAGUACACAGCCACGUGCCGCCUCGUGCUGUGCUGCAACAACCCCAGCAAGGUCAUCGACCCGCUGCGUAGCCGUUGUCUGGGCGUGCGCGUGGGCGCCCCCACCACGGACGAGAUCUGCGGUGUACUGCAGGGCGUCUGCUCCAAGGAGGGACUCGCCUACUGCGCGCCGCUGGGCCAGGAGAUCGCCGUCAAGAGCGAGCGGAAUCUGCGCCGCGCGCUGCUCAUGCUCGAGACCUGCCGUGUCCAGAACUACCCGUUCUCGCCCGACCAGCAGAUCCAGUUGCCGGCGUGGGAGGAAUACAUCUGCAGUCUGUCCAAGGUGGUGCUGCAGGAGCAGUCGCCCGCAGGGCUGCUGAAGGCGCGCGAGAUGAUCUACGAGCUCAUCUCCAACUGCGUGCCGUCCGAGGUGAUCCUCAAGGUGCUGUGUCGCGAGCUCAUGAGCCGCCUGGACGACGACCUCAAGCACGAGCUCGUGCAGUGGGCCUCGUACUACGAGCAUCGCAUGCAGCGCGGCUCCAAGGAUAUUUUCCACUUCGAGGCCUUCCUGGCCAAGUUCAUGACGCUCUACAAGAAGUUCCUGCUGGACCUGUACAUGUAG